AUUUUUCAUCUGUAUCCAUAACAAUUGAUUGUUGACUGAGCGGUAAAAAGUGUGAAAACGUCUUAUUGAGACAAAUAGUGAAUUUUCUUCGAAUGUUUUAAUAAAUAAGUGCUUUAAACUAUGUUCCGUUCACCGAAGGACAUGGUAUAUCAAUCAAAACCGAAGGAAAUUGAUGAAAUUAUAACAGACGAUGGUUUCAAUUGUGAUUUAUGUAAUAGUGGCCCUUACUCUACUGAAUUCGACGUUGAAAUACACCGUCGUAGCGCUCAUAAAUGGGAAAUAGUUAAAGCUUUAAAAGAUGACGAUGUUGCUAUAUGUUCUAUAUGCUUCUACAUACAAAAAGACAAGGAGUCACUAGUACAACACAUUCUAACAGACCAUCUCUGUUCCUCCCCAGAUGCAAAGGUGAUAAACAGAGAAAUUUUCGUCUGCGAUUACUGUGAUCACUUGUUCUUCAACAAAGACCUCCUUAUCGCCCACAUUUACCAUUUCCACGUAGCGAAAGAAUUAAAAAAAGUAUCAAAUAUACGCCAUAAUUGCCCUAAAUGCAUGAAGCUGAUAUCUGCAAAGUCGACGUGGUUUCAUCUUUUGAGUCAUGGAGUAAUCAACUCAAGAGUUUGUCCAAUUUGUUUAAAAUGCUUCAAUAGAAAUGCUGAGGUCUUAAAUCAUGUGAAGACUCAUAAAGCGCAUUUGAGAUGUAAUAUAUGUGGGUUCGUUACAAUGAAGGAGUUAAUUUUGAGCAGUCAUAUAAAGAAACAUCGGAAAGAUAGGUAUUUUACUGGCAAAGCUGAUGUGUCCAAAUAUUUUGUACCGUGUCGUCUGUUUCCGUCUACUAGGAAACAGAGCCAUGUUAUGAAAGGCAUUCCAAUGGCUAGCGAGGUACGCAUCUGUGUGAUUUGUCGGACGGUCUGUCUCAACAAUGAUGAAAUGUUAAUGCACAUAUAUGGGGACCACGCACCCGAUGAGAAGGAGAAAUCGAAGAAAUAUCAAUGCGUUUGCGGCGAAGAGUUUUUCAAUAAUGUUCUGUUGAAGCAUCAUAUUUUUAAAAUGAGAAGCGGCCAUAAUGUUUUUGUGGGGGAACCACAGGAGUCUGGAGAAGUCAAACACAUGUGCACCUGUGGAAUGGAGUUCCCAAACACACUGAUGCUGAAACACCAUGUGAUGCUGAUCAAAUCCAUGCACGAACCCUGUGAUGAACCUAUAGCGUCGGAAGACGGGCAGUUGGGUGCUGAUCUAUAGACUAGCCGAAAUAUGGCGAUUGCCUAUUACAUAGAAACCCCUAUCAUAUGGACAUAGGUUAUGAAAAACUGUUGUUAACUGUCAAUGUCCAAUACGGUAGUUUCCAACUAGUCAAAUUCAAUACUUUUAUCCAAACGUCAAAAACGAUACUUUUCUAUU